AAGUUUAUCGGCCGUCUGCUUCUGCUCGCGGUACUGAGGCAAGACCGAAACUUUUAACUCUUCUUUUUGAGCUACAGAAGCGGAAACGAAAGCAUUUACAAUGCCCCGCCAAUCUAAAAAGGAUUGCACCAGCGCCACACAGCGAAACACCCUUGACCAUGACAUGCUUGAAGCAAACAGUCUUUUGCGCGAUGAGACUCCUAUUAUACCGAGGGGGGGAGCUGUAGGUAGGAAGCGACCCCACGGAGAAGGAGAUGCCAGCGAAGAAUCGGGAGAUUUUGGCAUGGAAAUGCAGAAAAUGUUGGAGUGCUUUGGAGCCGACAUUUCAAAGACCUUAAUAGCAAAGAGGAAGAGGUUGGAGCAAUUCACCCAGAACUCAUUGAAGAAUAGCACAAAGAGACUGGAGGAUAUUUGGUAUGGACAACAGCAAGAGAGAAAUAAGCUGAAUGAUGAAUAUCAAAAGCAAGCAACAUCUGUGUUCCAGCAAUGGGAAAGUGAUCUUGAGAAGACUAAAGAUCAAGAGGAAAAGUUAACUGCAUUAUUUCGCCAACAACAGAAGCUCUUUCAACAGGCAAGAGCUGUCCAGAGUCAGAGGUUAAGGACCUUGCGCCAGUUGUAUGACCAGUUCUCAAAGGGCAUGGGGGAUUUGGAGAAGUGCCAUAAGGAUCAACACAGCAACAUACAAUCUGAGCUUAGAAAAGAAAUGGCCUUGCUUCAGAAAAAGAUCCUCAUGGAUACACAACAACAAGAGAUGGCAAACGUGCGCAAGUCCUUACAGACAAUGCUGUUUUGAAAAGACUGCUGGUGAAGAAUUUCCUGAAUCGGUUACAAAAGGUUAACCAAUGAGUUUUUGUCUGCGUUAAAUCCAUAUCAAUGCGUGUAUAUUUUUAGAAUAAAAAUAAAUAAUGUUAUAAUAAUAUGUAUUAAUAUUUAAAUAAACGUUAUUAUAAUAAAAUUAAAACUGUUUUUAGUGUGUAAAUGUUUAUUCAUCAAAUUAUUGUGGCACUAGAUAAUAAAACUCUUUUGAACAUUAUCGUAUUCUGAAAUAAUGAACUUAGUACUAUUUGGAGGUUCUAGCACACUGUUGUUCCUUGUUUAUAUAAAGUAUCGUUUGAUUGCAUCAAUAAAUCAGUUCAUAUCGAA